AUGCAUACCAGGAGUGGUCGUACUCUUGAACCCAUCGACAAACCGAGUCACGAGAGCGUAAGGGAGCUUUUCGACAAACUCAGCCUCGAUUCAUCUGAAACCACUAAUCCAGACAUGGCUCUUCAACCCCGCGAUGUCCUUCUAGACUUAGUCCAUCCGACGAUUGGGCCGAUAACCUCAUGCAUCCGGUUGCCACAAGAAGCUCGGAACUACGAGCUUAAGAUGAUCCAUUACAACCAGCUGCCAUUCUUCCACGGGUUCCCGAAUGAAGACCCGCUUAACUUCAUUCGGGAAUUCUACAAUGAUCUCCAGCGGCAGUGCCCUCAUCACAACCUCUCUCUGGGGCUACUGAUCAACUGUUUCUACGACUCCCUCUAUCAUAACUUGCAGUAUAUGGUUGACAAUGUGGCAGGAGGAGAUAUUGGAGCAAAGACAGCUGAGGAGAUCAAUAUGAUGUCCCAGCAGUUAGCCGAGCUCACAGAGCAAAUGCGUCUACUUAAUGCACGAGGAGCUCAACCGGUUCAGGCCAUGGCCGUUGACACGUGGGGGCUUGUGGAGUCCCAGGCCAUAGGUCUGAAGUGUGCCCUUCAGCUUUCAACCAGGAGUCCGGUGAGCAGUAUGCAGAUGCCAGCGCCUUACAGGGAUACCAAGCCAGGCCUGGCAAUGACCCAUAUUCGAACACGUACAAUCCGGGAUGGCGGAAUCACCCAUCUUUCUCAUGGUCGAAUAACUCGAACACCCUUCAGCCACCCCAUCCAAAUUUCAUGCAGCCACAACCUCGACCCAACUUUGUGCCACGUCCGAACUACCAGCCACAGAAGCAGCAGUAGAGAGGACCAGAAGCCGGGCCAAGUUCAUCCCUCCAAGACGACAAGCUCGACAUGA